UUUUAUCACAAACUUAUCAACACUUAGGUAUUUCGUUUCGUUUUUUAUUCCUCGAACAAAAUUAUGAAUUAUGAAACUUAGACAAAUUUUGUAUUCAAUUUUACGUUGAUAUGUUUGUAUUGCUGUCAUGGGUCGAACCGGAAUAUUCACUUGUAAUCACUGCGGUCGAGAUUUCAAAAGAAAGUAUACUUUGAAACGUCACAUAGAAGCUAUCCAUAUUAAUAAUGCGCCUACGAAAAAACCCACCAAAAGAUCUUCGAAAUGUCCCUACUGUUCCUUCUAUACGCACAAUUGCAUCCGAAUUAACGAUCAUCUAAGAAGCGAUCACAAAAUCGAUUUACACGAAGCUGAACUAUUCUUCGAAUCCGACGAUGAAUUCAAUCGAUGGAAAGAAGAAAUUGAGAGAAAUACACGAUCAUUCUUCACUAUACGUACUACAACUCGUGAAAAUCGUUCUAAUCCGGGAUCGGAGAUAGUUUAUUAUAAAUGUAACAGAAGCGGUUUUUGUAACGAAAAACGUAGUACGGGAAAGCGAAGUCGUCGUGUCCAAGGAUCGUGCAAAACUGGUGUUUAUUGCGCGGCUCAAAUAAAGCGUUACAAUAAUGCAAAUGGCAAAAUGAAAGUUAUCUAUUGUGACGUUCAUACCGGCCAUGCUCACGAAAUGUGUUACUUGAAAUUACCAAAAAGCGUCGAAACGUUGAUCGCAAAAAAACUCCAAGAUGGUACGUCUCUGGACCAGCUGUUGAGUGAAAUUCGCGACGAAGCUGUAUCUUCAGAAAUACUCGAAAAGAAACACCUUAUAACUAGAAAAACGCUUUAUAAUAUCAUCAACAAGUACAACCUGAAUUCGGUGGUUAAAUAUAACGAUGACGAUAUGAGCGGCAUAGAUGCCUUAUACGAGAAAUGCGAAUCAAUGGAUUCGAAUCCAAUCCUAAUGUAUAAGAAAAUCGACGAACCAUUUGGCGCUCUGUGCAACGAAGACAUGAUGCUUGUUAUAAUAACCGACGAGCAACGUGAAAUGCUGCGAAAAUUCGGUCACGAUAUAAUAUGCAUAGACUCGACUUUUAAUUCCGAGAAACUUAAAUUACAAUUAACGUCGGUUUUCAUUCUAGACGAAUUCGAAGUCGCUUUUCCCGCCUGUUACUGUAUUAGUAACAAAGUAGACGAAAAUACAAUUACUGUGUUAUUCCAAGAAAUCAAGAAACUAGUCGGCGUGAUCGAAGCGAAGGCAUUCAUGAGCGAUGACGAGCCUUUAUAUUACAACUCGUGGAAAAACGUAAUGACCGAAGCGAAGAACCAAAUAGUAUGCAAAUGGUACAUAGACCGAGCUUGGCGUAAAAGCUUAGACAAGCUUGGAAACAAAGAAACCAAACACGAAAUAUACACUACCCUAAGAACCUUAUUAGACGAACCAAAUAAGCAAGUGUUUGAAUAUUCGUUAAGAAAUUUCCUAAGGAAACUCGACGAAGAAGGUUUUCACGAAUUCGCAGAGUUUUUCACAACCACCUACGCUAAACGUCCUCAAGUGUGGGCAGCGUGUUACCGCGAGGAAGCUUUUCUAAAUACUAGUAUGGCUCUCGAAGCUUCGCACAAAGCAUUGAAAUAUUUAUACUGGAAAUCUUGCAAAGAGAAUCGUAUAGACGUUGUUAUAAAUAUAUUACUGAAGACCAUUCGUGAUAAAACAUUCAAACGUAUGAUAAAUUUGAACGAGGGACACGCCAAUAUCUACGCCAAUGAUAUCCUCGUACGUCAUGAUAGAGCCCGUCACGUUAAAUCUAUAACGGAGAUAGAUGAACAGCAGUGGUCGGUUAAAAGUCUGAGUAAGAACGUCAAGCAUUCUGUGCGUAAAAUCGCCGAUAGUUGUCCUUGCCAACAGAAAUGCUUAGUUUGCAAAUUAUGUGUGCACAUGUAUUCGUGCACUUGCAACGAUUACUUCAUUUCUCGUAAUUUAUGUAAACAUAUUCACGGCGUUGCUCGAUUCCUUAAUUUAAAUGAUUCCUUGCCUACGAGUAUUUCGCAUGAGAUUCCCAACUCGUACGAAGUUUAUAUCACCGAAUAUCAAGAUGAUUCUGCUGACGAACAGAUUAAAGACGAACCACCACCGGUUGUGUAUUCUGAGGAAGAUUUAUUCACGAAUCAGUUAUUGCAAAUUCGUGAUCUUUGGAAUGAUGGAAACGGAGUCAAAGUGAAGAAUUCUGAAAACAUGAAUCGAUUACGUGAGCUUGCUGUUGAAAUGUAUAAUAUAUUAGUGGAUGAAGAAAGAUGUCCGAACAGCAUCGAUGAAUCCAUUACCGAAGAGAUAUCUUUAGACCAAACAUGUGUUCCUGUGUUACCAUUUGAAAGAAAAUCGAGCCCUAGUUUCAAUUCUAAUUUAGAAACCUUAAUACAAACAACCGUCUAUGAUGAUACUGAUGUACAAUUAUGUAUUAGUACUACGACUUCUGAUUACAAUUCUUUCCAAAGUUGAAAUUUUUUAUAAGGAUCAAAUAAAUGUUCGUAUUUUUUUUUU